AUGGAUAAGCAACUGGAAGGUACAAAAAUAUUGGAAGUAGCGGGCGGUGAUCAGUGGCCACAACAGAAACGUAACACUAAGAAUAAAGGAGUAGUAAUCAGCUCGCUGAAUGAUUUAAAAAUGGUUUUCCACAAUUUGCUGUAUCAGAAAGACAAUAAAGCAGUUGACCAGGCAUUCCAAAAAUUAGAGCAAAAGACACAUUUAAAUCGAGAAAAGAUAGCCUAUGCUGUUAUUGGCCUUGUUGGAUUGUACAUGGUGUUUGGAGCAUUCGCUAGAUUGAUGUGUAAUCUUAUCGGUUUCGCAUAUCCGGCAUAUACUUCUGUCAAGGCCAUUCGAACUUCUCAAAAAGAUGAUGAUACUCACUGGCUUAUUUAUUGGACAGUAUUCGCAGCUUUUUCAUUGAUUGAUUUCUUUGCCGAAUUAAUAUUGUACUAUUUUCCUGUUUAUUGGAUCCUCAAGGCAUUAUUCAUGCUCUACCUGUAUCUACCACAGACCUAUGGUGCGUUAGUUGUGUAUGAUCGAUUUCUGGAUCCAGCGAUAACAAAAGUAGAUGCUUUGAUAAAGCAAUACAUGGCAGAGAAAAAAGAGUAA